AUGGCCGAAAAGUUCGCGUCGUCACAUCACGAAACCCACGGCAAUGAUGGUGUGGUAUCGCCGUCUGAAGAGAGCGGCAAUGAGGAUGAAGACUCCGUCCCGGAUAACGACAGGGCUAGCCAAGCGCAGCGGCAACGCACCACGAGCUUUGCCAACACUUCUCGGGUCGUCCCGCGGGCAAAGCGCCGGGGUCUCUUUGGCCGUUUCGCCAUCAUCCCCGAGAUUGAGUCCCCCUAUGACUACACCAACGGCACAAAAUGGGCCAUCACCGCCGUCAUUGCCCUAGCAGCCGCCGCUGCUCCCAUGGGCUCUGGCAUAUUCUACCCUGCGCUUCCUCAGAUGGCUGUCGAUCUGAACACAACGACAACCAUUACCAACCUGACCGUGGCCAUGUACAUGCUGGCAAUGUCCAUAUUUCCGCUGUGGUGGUCUUCCUUCUCCGAGACGCUAGGGCGGAGGACCAUCUACCUUGUCUCGUUCUCGCUCUUUGUCGUCUUCUCCGUCCUGAGCGCAAUCAGCGUCAACAUCUCUAUGCUCAUCAUCAUGCGCAUCCUUGGCGGCGGGGCCUCGGCAUCUGUCCAGGCCGUUGGAGCUGGCACUAUUGCCGAUAUCUGGAUGCCAGCAGAGCGCGGCAAGGCCAUGGGCAUUUUCUAUCUUGGCCCCCUGACCGGGCCUCUUUUAGCUCCUAUCAUUGGCGGAGCCUUGACUCAGGCCUUCAGCUGGCGAGCCACCAUGUGGUUCCUCACCAUCUACGGAGGUGUCAUGGUGCCGAUGAUCUUCUUUUGCCUCCCCGAGACACUGGCCAAGCGCAAGAAGCUCUCGCCCCUCCCUAGCCCAAACGCUGCCGCUCCCCCCUUAUCCCAGCUCCAGCGGGUGACGACGGCCCAGCCUGUCAAGAAGGCAGGUGCCGCCUUCAGGCGCUUCUUUGUCGAUCCGCUCCAGGUGCUCGUCUACCUGAGAUAUCCGGCCGUGUUGAUAACGGUCUACUCGGCCUCGAUUUGCUUUUGCUCCCUCUUCGUCUUGAACAUCUCCAUCUCGUCUAGCUUUGAUAAGCCGCCCUACGACUUCUCGACCAUCAUCGUGGGUCUGCUGUACCUCCCGCCGUCGCUGGGCUACGUGGUCGCGUCGGUCAUUGGCGGGCGCUGGAUCGACUACAUCAUGGCGCGCGAGGCGAAAAAGGCCAACCGGUACGAUGGCGAGGGCAAGCUGAUCUUCUUGCCCGAGGACCGCAUGCGCGAGAACAUGUGGCUGGCCGCGACAAUGUACCCUGGCGCCCUGAUCUGGUACGGGUGGAGCGCUGAACGCGGCCUGCCGUGGAUAGUGCCUUGCAUCGCAAACUUUUUCUUUGGCUGUGGUAGCAUGCUCGUAUUUGGCGCCUGUACUACCAUGUUGACCGAAUUCAUGCCGCAGCGCAGCAGCAGCGGCGUUGCCGUAAACAACUUUGUCCGCAACAUCUUCUCGUGCGUCGGCGGCAUCAUCGCUCAACCCCUUAUCAAUGCAAUGGGCAACGGCUGGCUGUGUACUAUGAUUGGACUGUUGGCCUGGACCACGGGAAACCUGGCUAUAUGGGCCCUCCGGAAGCGCGGCCCUGCUUGGAGGGUGAAGAUGGAUCAAGGCGUUCCAGCAAAGAACCGCUGA